UGAAUAGUUAAAUAACUCGAUUUAUUACCUAAAAAUAAACGAUAAUAAAAUUAUUUUUAAAUCUCUUUUUCUUCGCACUGCUUAUCUCUGGUCAGAUCUGCUGCUGGUUAUUUAAAACAUCACAUUGUGACCUGCAUGUUGUGUAGUUCUGUGCUCAUACCUGCCUGCGACUCUGACACACACAGAGACGUCAUGUGGAGCUACAAGAAGAAUGCUGACGAUAACGUGAUGUUCUCGCUGAUUCAUGCAUUAUUCUUCUGUUCCUGUCAAUAUUCAGUCUGAUGAAGAAGCAGAGAAAUUUAUUCCUUAUUCCUGUUGAAAAGGAGAAGUGCAGGGAAACUCCGGGUAUCAUUAAUGCUCAUUAUUACACAAUCUACACAUCAGUGAGGGACUGUGUGAGUGUGUGUGUGUGUGUGUGUGUGUGUGAGAGAGAGUGUGUGUGUGUCUGAGGAAUAUCGAGCUGAUGGUGAGAAGGAAACUCGUCUCACAAGUUAGAGAGAGCGCAGAACAAUGCCACCGACCGACAUGAGGAUGUCUGUGGAUUUGGCUGGUCCACCCUCUCCCACUCCGUCCCUCAUCGAGGUGAAAGAAGAGACACGUUUGGUGUUGAAGAGUUUUCUCGGUCAUGUUCUUGCUUUCGCUCCUGCAGAUCGACCGGGGAGAAUCGGGGGAGAAUAUCAUGACCCCAACAAGUACAGACACAGUGUGGUGCCGAAAGAGAUACAGAAGAAAGAUGAAAGCGGAUGGGAUUCUCUGGAUGAGAAGAUCAGUGCUGCGGAGGAGAAGAAACACGGCAUCAAAAAUCUGAUAAAGAGGCGUCUGAGGCCACGCCCCUUUUCUCAACGACACACCAACAAGGACGCCAGCGCUGACCAAUCACAGAAUGGCUCUGUGUCUAACCAGGGAGAAGUUCCAGCUGCAGCGAAGAAAAAUGUAGCUUCAGGGUCACAGGGCUAUACAGAGGAUGAAAAACUCUCUGCAUCUGACGAGGAUGGAGAGCGGAAAACAAACGAGAAAAAGAAAAAGAAGAGCAAACUGAAGCUGGGGGAACUUUUUAAGAAAAAAAGCACAAAGAAAGAUGAGUCGCGUCCCCAGCGGCCGACAUCACUUCCUGUGAAAGUGGAUGUGGCGUCAGUUAAAACUCCGCAGUCGCCGACGCACCCUCCUGAGUUCUACAAUGGUGUGGCAAAGAAACUGGACCGAAUCGCUCAGCAAAGCGUGAAGAGAAAAUCGCCGACUAAACCUGAACCCAUCCAGCCCAGUGACAAUAAAGAAGCCAUCGUACAGCAGCUCGUCCACAUACUAACAACGGAAGGAGACAGCAUUAAUGAGAAGAUUAAAGCUAAUCCUCUGCUGCAUAAGUCUCUGAGCCGGAUGUCCUACGCGUCCUUCGCCACGCUGCUCGACUCCUGUGCCAACGAAGCUGUAGACCCGCCCCUUCCUGUGUCCGAGAGCCCCACCUUGCGGCGUGUGGCCGUCACCAUGGAGAUGACCCGGCGGGUCGUCAUGACGACGGGCGUGACGCAGCGUGUGGAAGGAUAUGCUGAGCGCUACAUGGAGAACUUCGCUCCCUGGGUGAAGAGUCAGGGAGGAUGGGAAAGCAUUGUGCAGAAGGAGGUGCAGGAGUUCGACUAACUGCAUUGAACAAUUACUGUGUGAUGGAGCUCACUGUGUGUGUGUGUGUGUGUGUGUGUGUGUGUGUGUGUGUGUGUGUGUGUGUGUGUGUGUGAGCUGUGAACACACCGAGCUACAUGUAAACACUACUGAUGACACUUUUCUUGUCUCUUUUAUACAGUCGUCUGUUUUAUGUUUGAACGUUAUGAAUGUUUCUUUUUUUAAUGUGCUGGGAUUUUUUUAAACCAAAAUAGAAGUAAAAAUAAAAUAUUAAUAAUAAAAUAAAAUUAUAAUCUGUCUGUAUUAUU